UUUUUUACCGUUGCAGUGGUUAUAGUAAUCGUUUUCACCCACACAAUAACAAUCCCAAGUAAGGAAUAGUUGUUUGUUGUUUACUAGAUGCUUCCUCUUCUUCUAAUAAGAUCGUCAGAUUAAGUAAAAAACAAACUGAGAAGAAGCAAGCAGAGCAGCUAUGUCGUUUGUAGUAGGGCUUGUGAUCGGCCUUGUUGUUGGCCUUGGAUUGAUUGUUGCUUUUGUGCGCUCUGAGAAUGCUAGAUCCAAAUCUCGCUCACAACUUGCCGAGACUGUUGCGGCGUUUGCGAGAAUGACAGUGGAAGAUUCUAGAAAGUUACUUGCCCCUGAGUAUUAUCCCUCCUGGGUAGUCUUUUCUCAGCAACAAAAGUUGACGUGGUUGAAUGAACAUCUUACCAAGAUCUGGCCCUACGUUAAUGAGGCGGCGUCGGAGCUGAUUAAGACUAAUGUAGAGCCUAUUCUCGAACAAUAUAGGCCUAUUAUUUUGUCCUCUAUGAAGUUCUCUAAGCUUACUCUAGGAACGGUUGCUCCUCAAUUUACAGGAAUAUCUAUUAUUGAAGAUGGAUGUAAGGAUGGUAUCACUAUGGAGCUGGAAAUGCAGUGGGAUGGGAAUCCAAGCAUAAUACUUGAUAUUAAGACUAGAGUUGGUGUAGGCUUACCUGUACAGGUAAAGAAUAUUGCAUUCACUGGAGUUUUCAGGUUGAUCUUCAAGCCACUAGUUGACGAAUUGCCUUGCUUUGGGGCUGUAUGUUUCUCAUUGAGGCACAAGAAAAAGCUGGAUUUGACGCUGAAAGUAGUUGGCGGUGACAUCUCUGCUAUACCUGGCAUUUCUGAUGCCAUUGAGACGACUAUACGAGAUGCUGUUGAGGAUUCAAUUACUUGGCCAGUUCGGAUAGUGAUUCCUAUAAUUCCUGGUGAUUAUAGUGACCUCGAACUGAAGCCUGUUGGAAGAUUGGAGGUCAAACUUGUGCAAGCAAAGGAGUUGACAAAUAAAGAUAUCAUAGGCAAAUCUGAUCCUUAUGCUGUUCUUUAUGUACGCCCGAUACGCAGUAGAACAAAAACUAGCAAAACAAUUAGCAACCAAUUGAACCCUGUUUGGAACGAACAUUUCGAGUUCAUUGUCGAAGAUGCAUCCACCCAACAUUUAGUGGUAAAGAUUUUUGAUGAUGAAGGGCUGCAGGCAUCUGAACUUAUUGGUUGUGCGCAAAUACGGCUAAGUGAAAUUGAACCUGGUAAAGUGAAGGAUGUAUGGCUGAAGUUGGUAAAAGACUUGGACCUCCAGAGAGACAACAAAAAUAGGGGCCAGGUGCACCUGGAACUCCUAUAUUGUCCUUUUGGCAUGAAAAAUGGGUUCGCCAAUCCUUUUUCUCCCGAAUUAUCAAUGACUUCCUUAGAGAAGGUUUUUAAAAGUGGUGAGGAAGAUAUGGACUAUGCUGAAAAUGGAGGUGAAGUCAAAAACAAAAGAAGAGAAGUAAUUACAAGAGGAGUACUCGCUGUUACUGUGAUAUCUGCUGAAGACCUGGCACCAGCAGAUGUAAUGGGGAAGGCUGACCCUUAUGUCGUGGUUUCUAUGAAGAAAACGGCAGCAAAAAACAAGACCAGGGUUUCAAAUGAUAACUUGAAUCCUGUUUGGAAUCAAACUUUUGACUUCGUUGUUGAGGACGGACUGCAUGAUAUGCUGAUAUUGGAAGUCUGGGACCACGACACAUUUGGGAAGGAUUAUAUGGGAAGAUGUAUCUUGACACUCACAAGGGUGAUAUUGGAGGGGGAAUACAAAGACAGCUUUCAGCUUGAUGGGGCUAAAUCUGGAAAAUUGAACUUACAUCUGAAGUGGAUGCCCCAACCGAUAUACCGUGAUUCCUAGUUGGCUUUUACUUUCUAGUUGUAAGUUUGGUUCACUACAGCACUGGCUCUGGCUCUGCAGAAGGCUUUGUUCAGAUUAUCUCUGACAUCCAGCAAUGAACAAUUGAGCAAUAAGUCCCAUUAAGGCAUUCGUGGUGUAUAUAUCUGGUUCAGUUAUGCAGAGAGGUCACUGUACAGUUGCAGCGAGUGCCUACAUAGAUUAAAGUAAAAAAAAAUUUGUAGAAUCGGGAAAAGCCAAGACUCCGUUUCUGAGUUGUGAUCACAUCUUGUCAUCUUGAUUCUUGAAUAUUAUGUACGUCUGUUCAAAAUUUAACUUUAUAUCCUCUAGUAAGAAUAUCCAUAGUGAUGCCAAACAUGUUUGUUUUCAAUGUUUUAUCAAAUCUACACAUUGUAGCAUGUAUGUUAUAUUGUUAUCAAAGCUGACAUUCAAAUUUGUUUUA